GGCGACGUUCGCCCUGAUUGGUUGAAGCAACGCCGAGCUGUUACCGGACAAUACGAACGCUGAACUUUCAAACAUGUUUAUCAAUAUGGCGUAUCGACGUUUGAAUUUGAUCGUUACGUGACGGCACACUGGAAAGUUUGUGAGACAUAUUGAAAACACAUGUGAAAUUUUGAUCAAUUAAGGGACAUAUUCGAGCGACACGGUUUAGAACGGAGUUCAGCUAGCCUUGGAUUUCACGAGCGUAUAUUCACUAUGGAGAAUUUCGUGAAGAUCGAGAAAAUCGGUGAAGGCACUUAUGGGGUAGUGUAUAAGGGUAAGCACAAGAAAACAGGGGAAAUUGUAGCCAUGAAAAAGAUUCGUUUGGAAAGUGACGAUGAAGGAAUGCCAUCAACAGCAAUUCGUGAAAUUUCAUUACUCAAAGAGUUACCACAUCCCAAUAUUGUUAGACUGAUGGAUGUGUUAAUGGAAGAAACCAGAUUAUAUCUUAUUUUCGAGUAUCUUACUAUGGAUUUAAAGAAAUAUAUGGAUAGUUUAGGCCCUGGAAAAGUGCUAGAACCAAAAAUGGUUAAAUCCUAUUUAUAUCAGAUUACACGUGCCAUCCUUUUUUGUCACAAGCGUAGAAUAUUACAUCGCGACUUAAAGCCUCAAAAUUUAUUGAUUGACAAAUCGGGAGUUAUUAAGGUAGCAGAUUUUGGUCUUGGGAGAGCAUUUGGCAUACCUGUCAGAAUAUACACACAUGAAGUUGUCACUUUAUGGUAUAGAGCUCCAGAAAUUCUUCUUGGUGCGAACAGAUACUCGUGUGCCAUUGACAUAUGGAGCAUAGGUUGUAUAUUUGCUGAGAUGGCAACUAAAAAACCGCUAUUUCAAGGAGAUAGCGAGAUUGAUCAAUUGUUUAGAAUAUUUCGGAUACUGAGAACUCCGACUGAAGAGAUAUGGCCUGGUGUAACGCAAUUAACGGACUAUAAAGCUACAUUUCCAAAUUGGAUAACUAAUAAUUUGGAAUCGCAGGUUAAAACGUUAGACGCAGAUGGGCUUGAUCUUUUGCAAGCGAUGCUCAUCUAUGAUCCAGUGCACAGAAUAUCAGCGCGAGCCGCAUUACAACACCCUUAUUUCAAUGAUUUAGAUACAUCCAAGCUGCCUCCAUCAUAGAGUAUGAAGAACUCUGAAACUAUACUUGUAUAUUGCUCAGAUAUUGUGACGUUUUAAUCGUGUGACUAUAUAGAGAAUAUGUCUCAGGGUAUUUCAAACAGUUUAUUUAUUCGAGUAUAAGAAUACGUUUGCAUUUCUUUUUUUAUGACUUUGCUCAUUUGAUAUGGGAAAUUCACGCGGGGAACUUUCAUUUCGCGUUGCGAUAUUUAUAUUAAUAUUAUGUUUCGAGACAGAAUUCUGAAUGAAAAUUUUGAUGAACGUACCAUGUCAUGAUAAGUCAUCACAGCAUACUCGAGCAAGAAGUUUACUGUAACAGUUUGAUAUUUCAGUAAUUCAUCUUUACCGCAUAGAAAGGGAUCAAGUCGUUCAUAAUAUUACGUGACACUAUUACAUAUCUGUUACAACUUACUUAUUUUCUAUAAUUAGCGUUUACCGAUUUGAAUCAAGAUUAUUGUGGAACUAUAAGUGCAUUUAGAUACUACUCUACUAUACAGUAAAUAGGAAAAUUGCUUUUUCACUAUUUGCGGUACACGCUGCAUUUAUGAAAAUUAGCAGCUUGAUAUUAAUAACUCAACUAAGGAUAUUUUUCUACUGCCACAUGUACAUAUUAUUGAACAAUCCACACGCUUAUUAAAAUAUAUCUUUUGUACUUUUAUUCGUAAAUAAACGACGAUAUUUUAUUCGAAAA